AAUAAAAUUUAUCUGUUGUUAUGGAAACAAACAUGAGGCCAAAAUGACCUAUACUAAUAUAAACAACAUAAACACCAAAACAUGGAUUUUGAAAAAGAUGAUUUAUACUCCUUGGAAGCAAAGCUUUUGAUAAACAGUUUUAUAAAUAAUACUUACGACGAACUCACUAAAAGUGCAACUAUAAAUGACAAAGAUAAGCUUAACUGGAUGACAAUAGAUGAAUUUUCAAUAGAUCGUGGAAAAGCGAAAAUAAAGGAAUUCAUUUCGACAUGGAAAGUAUCUUGCAAUUUUUUAUAUUGUAUAUUCUUUAUUGGUGAAGAUCAAAAGAAAUAUAGUAAAAGAUUUAGGUAUAAGGUGCAGUGGAGUAUACCUACUUGUAAGAAACCAAUCCCUCGUGCUACUGCAUCAGUAUAUUUUACUAUUGACGUUAGCACAGUUAAACCUAAGAGUUUUCCUGUGAAUGUUUACUUUGUAUUUGAAACAAACAGAUUAGUGCAUCGACCUGGAGAUCCAUUAUCAUUUUGUGAGAAAUGGCUAAAUGACAUCAUUGAAUCAAAAGUUUUACUCAUGGAUGCGAUAAAGUUUUAACUAUAUUAUUUGGUACGCAAAAACUUGGCACAAUUUUACGUUAUUUUUCAGAACCUAUAUAUUAUUUUACAAUCUGAAAAGCUUCAAUUUUCUUCCUAACACUUUAAA